CAGAGCUGAGGGAUGAAAAACAGCUGCCAGAUCUCCACAGAGACACUUUACCAGAAUGUUUUCAUGGGGAGAGGACAGUCAGCAGGGCUUCCGGCUGAAAGAUGGCUCAAAUACCUCAACAGGUGAUGGAGUUAACUUUUUAAAAUUGGGUCAUCACAUCAGGGAUCUGUCGGCAGGUCACAGAGUGCUCGCCUUCAUCAGCAGCAAAGGAGAAGCAUUCAUCAUUCGCACAAAUGAGAGCAAAGAUGGGAGCAGAGUCAGAGGAAAACGGAAGCUUGUGAAGUGUAAAGAGAAGAUCCAGGCUGUGAGCUGUGCUGAUAAUGUGGUCACUCUGCUGUCUGAGACAGGAAAAGUCCUCUGUGUGGACACAACUCACACCUACAUUCCCAAGCCUCUGGACGUUUUGUGUAACAAAGUGGUAUCUCAGGUUGCUUGUGGGAACCAGCAUUCAAUUGCCCUGACCAAAGAUGGUCAGGUGUACACAUGGGGCCAGAACUCCAGGGGCCAGCUGGGGAACCGGACGCCGGGCGCCAGUUCACUCCAACACCUCCAGUCCCUGUCAGUGAUGCCCCUGGUCCAGAUCGCUGCAGGGGGAGAGCAGAGCUUCGCCCUCUCUGUCUCCGGAGGUGUGUUUGGCUGGGGCAGAAACGACUGUGGGCAGCUCGGACUGAGAGACACAACAGACAGAGAUAUACCAACACCUGUUUAUGGCCUUAACAUGAAGAAAACUGUUUACAUGUCCUGUGGGGAGGACCACACUGCCGUUUUGACAAAGGAUGGUGCAGUGUUCACUUUUGGCUCUGGUCGGUAUGGACAGCUUGGGCACAACUCAUUCAGCGAUGAACUACGACCUCGGCUUGUCGCAGAACUCUGGGGGGCAAAGGUCACCGAGAUUGCAUGUGGACGACAUCACACAUUAGUGAUGACGGACUCCAAAAGGAUCUACUCCUUUGGUCGUGGGGAACAGGGGCAGCUGGGACAUGGAGAGGAGAGUCAUCCGUCUGUGCCACUACGUGUUCAACUGCCACUGGACACCACUAACGGUCUCACUGUUAGAAACAUCUUCGCAGGAGCAAAUUGUUCCUUUGCAACAUGCACGUCUGCUCAGGAAGGGUCAAACAGUGACAGUGUCCGUUAUGCAACACAGCACCCUGUUGAUGAUAUGUUUGAUAAAUGGGUCUCUCAAGGUGGUAAAUUACAGGGGAAAAUCCACAGGAUGUUUUCCUCUGCAUCCUGUAUGAAUCAAAUCUUCCUCAACCAAAGCAAAGAUAAACAUUUCCAGACCUCACCGAAGUACUCCGGCUUGAACUUUUCACUUGUGCAAUCUGCUUUUGAAAAACUGCCAAAGAAGGGCAAUGUUUUGGAAGAGGUUGAGGCUGCUGUCCUGCACCUGCUGUCCACUCUCGACCCGAGCCCAGCGGGUGUGGAGGGAUUGAGGCUCUUCCUGCUUCUCCCUGAGCUCCUGCAUGUGAUCCAGAGGCACAAUCUGCAACAAACAAGCACAAAGCUCGCUGAGGCGCUCGCUGCUGCUACACAGAGACUCUCGGAUGAAAGCCGGCAGGUCAUAGCAAACUGGUGGAGCUCACUUUCCACCUCCACCAGGGUUAGACAUGUCAAGGUGUGGAAGCAGGCCCUGUCAGUGAUGUGUUAUUCCUGCACAUCUGGAGUCAGAAACAUGCUACUUGUCCUCAAGUAUAUGUACGGCGCUAACAACAUGAUUGCAAGACGUCAGAGAAUCCCAGAAAAAACUUUCGGUUUGGAGAUUAACCAAAUAUUUCUUGAAAAAGACCUGCAGAUUUGGCGUUCGAUGUCAAAAAUCAAGGACAUGAAUAAUCAAUGUCUUCUUCAGCCACUCAUCUUUUGUGACUUCCCAUAUGUGAUGGAUCUGAAAUCAAAGAAAAUGGCUUUUGACACCCAUGCUGUGUGGACUCAGAGAGAACACCUGCUGGUUAUGGACUCAAGUCUUCAUUAUUUUGAGCUGAGGCUGAAGCGAGCGUCAUUUUGGGAAGACACCUUCAAACAGCUGGCUGCCGCUCAUCACACUGCCUUCAAGAAGCCACUUGUGGUCUAUUUUGACGAGGACCCAAAGAUCUCACUUGUCAACCAUAAAGACCUUUUUCACCACUUGUUUCAUGAAAUGGUGUCAGUCAAAUCUGGGAUGUUCAUGUUCAACGAAACGCUGGCAUGGUUCCCCUCCAACGCAACAGAAGAAGACAAGACAAACUUCUUCCUGUUUGGCGUUCUGUGUGGAUUGGCCCUGUACAACCAGAGUAUCAUACACUUACCGUUUCCGCUGGCUCUGUUCAAGAAGCUGCUCGAUAUAGAGCCGACUCUAGAGGACAUGAUGGAAUUCAGCCCAUCGGUUGGAAAGAGCCUGCAGGAAACCUUGAACUACAAAGAUGAAGACCUAAAAGACCUGGACUUUUUGAUUAACUGGGAUGGGUCAGAGGUUGACCUUGAUCCCCCAAAUCCUGAAAAGCCACUGACAUGUCAAAAUAAGAAGGAGUUUGUGGAUGCUUACGUGAAUUAUGCCUUCAACGCAUCAGUGGACGGUGUGUUUCAGGAGUUUAAGCGAGGCUUCUUCCAGGUGUGCGACCAGGAUCUGGUGAAGCUGUUUCGGCCAGAGGAGCUACGGCAAGUCCUGGUGGGCCAAGACGUCUAUGACUGGGCAAAACUGAAACAGAACACAGUGUGGGAUCCUCGAAUCAGCCACCAUACCAGACAGAUGUUUUGGGAGGUUUUUGAUGAACUGACUGAAGAACAAAGGAAAGAUUUUCUUUGGUUCCUCACUGGUUUUAGGAGAGUUCCUAUUCUCGGCAUGGACCAGGUCCAGAUGGACGUUCAAAUUCCCCAAAUCCAGAGUGCUAAGCACUACGAUCAGCACUUCCCUGAGUCUCUGACAUGUCACUCUAUUCUGUACCUGCCCUUAUACUCAUCCAAGGAGAUCAUGCGAGAGAGGCUGACGGAGGCUCUGAUAACAGAAAGGGGAUUCCAGAUGUGAUGGUGGAGCCACAUCUGCUGAGCAGGAGCGAGUCUCUGUGCUGGCUGGGGAAGGGUGGGCCAGAUUUUAUUUUAGUAACCUAAGCAUUAAAUGAAGAUCACUAAAUUCACAAGACUUGACAAUGUAAGUGUUUUUAAUAAGGGUGACCAAAGAACAGCCAUUCCUCCUUAGCAAUACUACGGUGUAGCAGCAUAUCAGAAGGCACUUUACAAUUGUAUUCACUUUUUUUUGUUGUUGUUGAAAAUAUACUAUAUUUAAACUGAUAAGUUAAGAUAUUUGUGUUUAAUACAUUUUCUGAGGAACAAUGUCUAAUUUUAAGUGAUUUUCUUGCAUCAAGUUGAACUAAACAAAAAAGUGCAUGUGCUAUUUGAUUAGCUGCCUUGCUAAAUCUAAUGCGCAAUACAAAAUUAUCAAGUGUUGUAUCUUUGUGAAGGUUAUUGAUGUUCUGGCUGAUUAUGUAUCAGAGAAG